UUUGUAAUCGCUUGUUCGUCGCGUCGUCGUCUCGCAUGUGUACGGGCCGACGUCUUCUCUUGUGUACGUGAGAAAACAAGCUUAGCAGGUCAAUUUUCUUCUUCUUCACUCUCUUUCUUUAUCUUCCUUCUUUUUUUCUCAUCAUUAUUCAUCAUGCUGUUCUUCCGUUCGUCCCUUUUUUCCUCAAGCAUUUCUCAGCUUGGGAUAACCCGGGGACUGUUCUCCCGAUAACCUUUAGUCUUCCGUGAAUUCCAUUGCUUGUUUUCUCAGCUAUCUGCUUCAGAGUAAAGCUGCACCGAUCGGCUACGGUGUCGCGAUUUUACGAGGAGCUUCAGUAUAGUACGAUGCUCGGUCUAUCGUGGAGGUGUUGAAAAUGACGGCGUUUAAUCGUUUGCUCAUCGCGUUCUGCCUUAUCCAUUUCAUCAUCUUCGUGAACGCGAUCUAUGAUCCAAGAGCUACCACUACCAAACCGUCUGAGCGUCGCGAGGCGAUUCUAUCUUGGCAUUCGGCGAGUAAAGAAAACGAGACUACGAUUCAGACGGAACCAUCCCGUGUUCAGCCAUGGCAAACACAUACCGAUAUCUUGUCCGAGCCUCCUAUAGGGAGUUGGAGUCCUUGGCGAAAAAAUCCGGCCAGCGAGAUCGAACAAAGAACGCAGGUCAACACUCAGGAUUACCCGCCCGGGUCGCAAGUACCCGAGCGACAGCGUCCUUCUGAACUCGAUCAAUGGGAACAACAGGAAAGUCUGAAGCCGCCUCUCCGACAAGAGGAAUCGGUCGACUCCGAUAAAAAUCGCGGCGGCUUCCCUAUUGAUUCGAAAUAUGGAAACCGUAGGCCGUCGCAGAAUAUGAUUGAUUUUGAGAACAAGCCGAGAUACGACGAUGGCAAAGAGACACCCGUGGAACUUGAGGAUGAUGAUGUAUACGAAGGCGUGCCUAUCGACAGCACGAAACCGCGUAAGGAGAAUAUACUUCUUUCUCGAAAACCACAGCACACUGUGGCUUGGUACGAUCCCCAAUUUGGCGUGCAGUGUCCCGAUCAUAACGCUACAGGCCAAUUUGUUUAUCCACCCGACUGUAAGUUCUUCGUUAAUUGUUGGAAAGGCCGCGCGUUUGUUCAACCGUGCGCCCCGGGCACUCACUUUAAUCCUGACACUUUGGAGUGUGACUUUCCGCACAAAGUGAGGUGCUACGAGAGUGAACCCGCUUAUUACAGGAAACUAGUCUACUCCGAAUCUCAAGUCGACCAACAUUCGCAGAAGUUACAAGAGCCGAAAUGUCCACCUUAUAUAACGGGUUUAUUGCGGCAUCAUGGAGAUUGUACGAAAUUUUUGCAAUGCACGAACGGUGCAACCUACGUUAUGGAUUGCGGUCCUGGAACCGUUUUCAAUCCCGCUAUUAGUGUGUGCGAUUGGCCGCGCAAUGUAAAAGGCUGCGAAGAUACCUUCAAAUCCGAAGAGGAUGUUAAAGUGCCGCAAACACCUCCCAAUCUGCAGACGUAUCCUUAUGCACACGACAAGUUGAAGUAUACCGAAGGAAAAAGAAUUGCGUGUCCUGCGGAUUUCACUGGAUUACUGCCCCAUCCGGAGACAUGCAAAAAAUUCCUUCAAUGUGCGAAUGGCGCUACUUUCGUGAUGGACUGUGGUCCUGGAACAGCUUUCAAUCCUCUUACGACGGUCUGCGAUUGGCCGCACAAAGUACCUAGUUGCAAGACAGAGAAACCCGCUGACGCAGCGCACAGAACAACGAGUAACACCAGGCUACCAUCCGGUGGAUGGUCGACAUGGUCGAAUUCGAGUCUAUAUAAUCACACAAGUGGCUCUCGCGGUCAUAGGUCAUGGCCAUGGUCGACGACGACGACGACGACGUUUAGACCGACAUGGAGGCCAUUCACGACAACCCCGGAUCCACGUUGGGUGCCGUCGUGGACAACCGCAAGGCCGCCUUAUGACCGUCAUGAACACGCCGCUAAUCACUACGAUCGUUACGGUAGCGUACACGAAGAUAGCCAGUACAGAGAUUACGGUCCAUAUCGUCCAGGCUGGCAGCCAAGUGGCGGGAAUUUCGGACGACCUGCCGAUUACGGAUACCAUGAUCGUUAUGACGGGCAAUGGACGGAAAAUCCGAGCGCCGAUCGGAAUCCACAUGGUACCCGUCAUUUCAAUCCUCGUCCAGGACAGUGGUGGCCAGCUGGACAUAGAUAUCCACCAAGUGACCGGUAUGGCCAUGACUACGGUUCUCCUAGUCGUCAUUAUCACCAUCAUCAUCACAGCCACGUGCCACCGCCACGUCCUCCGGUGAAUCCGAGUUGGGACUCAGGCAGCGUUUCUGGUAGCACUGAUGGGAGCUACGAUCGUGGUGUCUACGGAGAAUAUAUCCCGCAGAUUGGUCGCUGGCCUUCUGAUAGCCAACAUCAUCCGCCUCAUCCUCACGAUUAUCACCACUUCGACCACACAGUGGCGCCGAGCGAAACGGAUCAGAGACAAUUUCCAGUGUACUUCCCGGCCGGGAAACACGAGGAGGAUGACAUUCGGUAUCACGACAACGCACGUGACAGAACCAAGUUCGGUGCUGACGGAAAUUUGCCGGCGAAUCGGGGAAGCGGUUAUGACUUCUCGUCGAGCAGAAGAGAUUACGACAGGACCAGUCCUGGAUCUCACCCUCCCGGCUUCAAUCGCACUUCUCCAUCCGCUGGGAAUGUUUUCCUAAAUAGUGGCGAUCAGUUUGCCGAGAAUUGGAAUCAGACCCGCCACGGCCCGCGGCGAGAUGGACCGACAACUCCUUGGCCGGGACAAGGAAAUACCGCCUGGAGUCGACCCGAUGAAUCUGGUUCUCAGCCGAGCACGUGGCGCGGUCAACAAGAUCGAGGACAAGUACAAACGGACACUUUGACGCGGCCAUGGGAUCAAGACGCUCAGGAGGAUAAGCUCCAUCAAUGGCAGUCAGGAAGUGGCGUUUAUCAGCAAAGCACGGUUGAUAGAGAGAACGACGCGAAAAUGGCACAGUGGGCAUCGAGGACAAAUAUCUUUUUAAGUUCGAAGGGUCAAGUAGGUUCAGAUUCGAAGAAUGAGACUCAGCAUUCGAAAACAAAAUUUUAUCCAGACGGGAUAUAUGUUAAUACAAAUGGCGUAAAAGGUCACUUCAUCACGAAAGAAAUCGGGAGUAAUCAAACACGCCCAGAGGUCCAGCAUUCGGUCAAGUUUGGCCGGAAAAACACUUUGAAUAGCACUGCUGACGAUUAUGCGUCCUCCAACAUUACAACGACGAGAACGACGACUGUAAGACCGCCAAAUAAACCAUCUGCACCGUCAAGAAGAGUGAAAGAUCUUACGGAUACUACGAGAGGAGAAGAACAAUUUGGUUUUCACAGAGAGAGCAGGUUCAGUUCACCCACUGUUUCGAUUGAACAAGAUGAUUCUUCGAACGAUACGAAGCCAAGUGACGUAUCUCCGGAAUUUCUGGAUGUCAUUUCCGAACACGAGACGGAUUAUGUGGACGUGCUGGACGAGAAGAACGAGUGGAAGCCCAAAAUAGUCUUGGAAAAUAAAACUGAGACCACCACGGCUCCAUCGGUCAUUAUGAGAAUCAGUCCGAAGAAAACUGACGUCGAACUUUUUAAUAUCGAAGCAGCGCCAUUUAAAGAAGAUGAACCACCUUUCCCAGUCUAUUACGUGCCGUCAGUGCGACCAUUGACUCAUUCGCAAAAGACUGCUUUGCCGACACCCAUAUCUGGCCAGAUGAUUCGCUUGAGAGGCGGUGCCGGACCUCAUGGUGGUUAUGUUGAGGUCCAAGGAGUGUUACCAGGUUGGGGCAUUGUGUGCGACUCCAGAAAUAGUUGGACAUUGAAAGAAGCUAAUGUAGUGUGCAGACAACUCGGUUACAUCAAAGGCGCCGAAAUGGCUUGGCAAGGCAGAAACAAUCGCAACGGAGUGCCAACUUGGAUCGCGGCGAACACCGUAACGUGUCUGGGGAACGAGACCAGAUUCCAAUCGUGCAAAUUCACGCACAAUCGGCAGUGCCGAGUGGACAGGGACGCGAUCGGCGUACGAUGCGUCUCGAAUCGUAUCGCGCAUUGUCGCAAGGACGAGAUACCGCAUGAAGGACAAUGCUACCAUUUGGCCGGGCCUGACAGAGGGCCGACCCACGCCGAGGCAUCGGAUUAUUGCAAGCGAAGGAACGCACGGCUCAUCGACAUCACCAACCAGGCGGAAAACAACUUCGUGUCGGAGUGGCUGUCGCAGUCGUAUCCGGAAGUUAACUCGAUCAUAACUUCCGGCCUAGGCUUCACCACUAUGAACGUCCCUCUGUGGCUCUGGGAGGACUCUUCUCACGCCAAGUUCAAAUUUACAAAAUGGUGGCCUGGCUGGAUGAACGAUACGAAGCCACCGACGUUGGGCUCUCGUCCCCUUUGCAUUGUAAUGAAACGGAAAUUUCCAUGUCACGAACUAGCCGAGUCGACGUGCGUCGCGGAUUAUUUCUUCUGGGAUACGGAGGACUGCGAGACCAGCUCGAGAGGGCAUUCUUUUGUCUGCAAGAAACCUUACGACGACAUCGGCUGCGUUUACGGGAAAGGAAAUCAAUACACCGGCAAAGCCAACGUAACGCUAUCAGGAAACGAAUGUCUCCCUUGGGCCGACCAGAGAAUCGCGCAUCAACUGCGCGUGAAUAUUGUUAACGAGCAAGUCCGAGAGAAACUGAAAACGCACAACUUCUGCAGAAAUCCUAAUCCCGAGAAGGAAUCGAGACCGUGGUGCUUCGCAGACCCAACGAGGCAGCGCGAAUACUGCGAUAUUCCGGCCUGUGGAAAUAUCGACCCGAAACAAGCGACGUUGUCUGGCCAAUGUAAGCCUAAACAUUUCGAAUGCAUGCCAGGAGAGUGCAUUCCAUCUCCGUGGGUCUGCGAUGGAGAAGAGGAUUGCACGAACGGGGCCGACGAGAGGAAAUGCGCGGUGGACCUCAGCCUCUUUGAAAAAUCGGCGAAGCAUAAACUCGAGGGCUACGACGUGGAAAAAUGGCUGAACACGCCGCUGAAGACCUGCGCUUUAAGAUGCAAAAACGCCGAUUUCACUUGCCGCUCCUUUAAUCACAAAGCGGACGGCAACAUCUGUCUGCUUAGCGACAGCAACAUCGGCCUCACUGGCGCGCUUAAAUCUGACAGGCAGUUCGAUUAUUACGAAAUGACGGAGAGAAGCGUGAACUGCGACGGCAUGUUUACUUGCAACAAUCACAAGUGCAUAAAUCAAAGCCAGGUCUGUAACGGUAAAAACGAUUGCAACGAUCGCAGCGAUGAGAGUAUUUGCACGGUCGAGAAUCUCGAUUACGAUAUUCGUCUGGCGGGCACAAAUAACAGUCACGAGGGGCGAGUCGAGGUCAAAGUUCUAGGACACUGGGGGCAGGUAUGCGACGACAACUUCGGCAUGAUCAAUGCUGACGUCAUCUGUAAAGAGCUCGGAUUCGUACUCGGCGCGUUGGAAGUUCGACCGGGUGGAUUCUACGGGAAUCUCGAGCCACCCACGAGAUUUAUGGUGGAUCAGCUGAAGUGUCGUGGCAACGAGACAACCCUACGCGAGUGCGACUUCAACGGAUGGGGAGUCCACAAUUGUCAGCCGGAGGAAGCUGUUGGUAUCGUCUGUAAGACCGCGAUCAACACCUGCCAACAGGAUUACUGGAAGUGUGACAACAGUCCGACCUGCAUAUCGGCGUCGUUCCUUUGCGACGAGGUGGUCGAUUGCCCGGACCGCUCCGACGAGAGUCCAGAGCAUUGCGAUGCGCCGUUCGAGUUGCGCUUGGUGGACGGCAACGGCUCUCUGCAAGGAAGGGUUGAAGUGCGACAUCAUGGUGUCUGGGGCACCGUGUGCGACGAUGACUUCACGAGCACCGCAGCGGCGGUCAUCUGCCGAUCUCUGGGAUACGGAGGUAAAGCAAUCGCCAAGAAGAACGGUUUCUUUGGGCCCGGUGAGGGACCAAUAUGGCUCGACGAGGUUUUCUGCCACGGUAACGAGACGCAGUUGUAUCGAUGCGAUCAUAAUCACUGGGGCCGACACAAUUGCAAUCAUAACGAGGACGCGGGUGUAAUUUGCUCGCCUGGAGACGUUAACGACACCGAGCAGACAAUGGUGCCGGAGCUUCCGGAUCGAAACAUCGACGAAAUACUCCCGGCGAAUUGUGGUCAGCGCGCCAAAGAUUUCAAUGACGACGAGGACUUGAUAUUCGCGAAGGUGGUGCAUGGCUCCAUCGCAUCGAAAGGCACCUACCCUUGGCAAGCUAGUAUUCGAGUUCGAGGGCACAGCCGAUCGAGUCACUGGUGCGGCGCGGUGGUUGUGUCGCCUCUACACGUGUUAACAGCGGCGCAUUGUCUGGAAGGCUACAACAAGGGCACGUAUUUUGUUCGCGCUGGAGAUUACAACACUGAUAUCGACGAGGGCACCGAAGUGGAGGCCAACAUUGAGGAUUACUACGUGCACGAGCAGUUUCGUAUAGGUCACAGGAUGAACAACGAUAUCGCUCUGGUGCUACUUAAAGGCCCCGGUAUCCCGCUCGGCAAGGAUAUCAUGCCAAUUUGCUUGCCGCCCGAGAACACUGAGUACCCGGCCGGACUCAAUUGCACGAUCAGCGGAUUCGGCAGCAUCGAGACGGGAAAGACGACGCAAUCGAAGGAUUUGCGGUACGGCUGGGUGCCCCUCCUGGAUCAGUCGAUUUGCCGGGCCGGUUACGUUUACGGUGAAGGCGCCAUAAGUGACGGUAUGAUGUGCGCCGGAUACCUCGAUGAGGGUAUCGACACCUGCGACGGCGAUUCCGGCGGUCCCCUGGCGUGUCAUCACAAUGGAGCUUUUACUUUGUACGGGAUAACCAGCUGGGGUCAGCAUUGCGGCAAAGCGAACAAACCUGGAGUUUACGUCCGCGUAGCGUAUUACCGACAAUGGAUUGAUCAGAAAAUCAAGGAAUCGCUCGCGGGCAGGUAGAGCGGACUCGUAGGAGCCGCGAUUGCGUCACCUGAACAUUUACUGCCUGUCGUUUGUACGAGAGAUUUUUCUAAAAACUCCACGUAACGGGCCUGUCGCACAUUUACAGGCAUCGCGAAUAAUUUCAUCUAUACAUGGAGAGAAUAUUUUAGUUUCUUUCCCACUAUAAAUGUCAAUUUCUUGUCAAUUUUACUAUGUUUCUAGUAGUGCAGGAAUAGAUUGUGUCAAUAAGAUCUAUCUUGCCAAAGAACACAGUAAAUUCGCUAGAAACACAGCAAAUCUUUUAAUAGCAUAUUUCAUAUAAAUGUCACGUAUAAAAUAGAAAGCCGAUCCAUAUUAACAGUUGUUACUUGAAACUUGUCUUAAACGAGACGCUCAGAUCUGAAUUCAGAGUUAGAUGAGAACUUUCCAGUCGCAUCGCGACAUAUAAAUGUCACAUAUAUUAUAAUUCAACUGAGAAACUUUUUCGGAUUGUUAAUCUCAAAAUCCUCCAGUGUAUCAAUUUUUGAAAAACUUGGAUCUCUUUAAUUUGAGUAAAAAUCUGAAUAUCACACGUGAAACAAGUUUCCGGUGACUGUUAUAUCGGCCAUCGUUAAUUACUGCAAAAUAUCGAUCUAGCUGUUUUUCAGUUACAAAAUUCUAUAAUAAUUCCCACUAUAAGAUUCUCUCAGUGUACAAUGUAAUUUCAUCAAUAUGUAUCACCGUCCGUGAACAUAAUGAUAAUUAGAGAUACUUACUUCGUCACACUCACCGACCUUCUAUCUCUUCGUGGAGAGUCCAUUCUGUGAUCUAUUUAUAUUUCAACAACACCUGCCAUGUGAAAAGCAUUAGUGAAAAAUAAAACGCAGACAUCGUUCACAGGAUGGGAUCGCAAGUGAAAUAACACGAGCGGAGGUGGAUUCUGUUAAUUUGCAGUUUAUUUCGUAAGACAUCUUCGUUUCUACAGUAAUUGUAAUUGUUGCUUUUCUGUCGCUGUUACAUGAUUGAGCCUAUUUCUUUUUAUGUACAAUAGUCCCAACGUGUCUGAUCCGAUUCGACUCAAGGUAACAACUCAACGUUGGCUCAACGAAUGGCGUUUUAUACAGACCGAAACGUAAAGCGUAUGCACAGUCGAGAGAAAGUAAACGGAUGCGCAUUGUAUAAACUCGCACAGCUGAAUUGGAUUAUUACAGUGUCGUGUAUAGGUUUAGGCUGAUCAGACGCAGGCUAAAAGGUUUCUCCCUAUUGUGCUCGCUUAUCGAAUUACUUCCGCUAAUAUCGACUCUCUUAAAAGGCAUAGAGACGAAAACGACGAAGACAUAUUGAUCGGCGUACAAAACAGCGCGAUAUCAGAGUAUCGGUUCAAUGUAAAGCAUAAGGGAAAGUCGCGCCUCGCGCACGGAACUAACUGCGAAACUGAAACUCUCGCGCCCUUCUGGACGCGUCGCAUCAAUUUCUGUCGCGCCUGCGAAUACACUCGCGAACAAAAAGGAAACUUACAGAUCACACGACAGACGAGAGAGUGAGAGGAAAAGAGAGACGUGAAAUUCUCCGUUGGCAAGAAACGAGCGAUGUCGAGCUGCAGUCUCUCGCGGGAUGCGAGAUUUGCCGUGCGGAUACAACACGCCCGGCAUAAUAUCACACCGCGAGACGAUUCGGGAAAAGAUUAACCACAUCGACCGCAUUUCGCCAUGGAGAUGACAAACAAAGAGUGAAUCUGGCUUCGCGGAAAGCCCUACAAAGGAGAUAUCUUAUCUACGUCGCACGGUGCAAUUAUGAGCUUACAUCACUUAAGGGAAUGUCGAUCGAGAAUAUGCUUAGCGUGAAAAUUAACGUUAAAUCUAAUAACUCGAAUACGCUUAAUUUAGGCAAUAAAAUGGCCCGAGUCUGUGUCGCUGGGAAGUACGUUAAUUAUUAUGAAUGAUAAUUGAUAAUCAUGAAUGAUAAUUAAAAAUAAUAAUUAAAAUUAUUAAUGGUGAUUGCGCGCAAGGGAUUUCAAGAGAAUUGUUAUAGAAGAAAUCUUUUCAAGCAUUCUAUGUGGGAAAAAAACUUCUGUUCGAAUAACUGAAGGGGGAGCGGACGAAAAAUUCGUCGACGAGAAGCGGAUUAUUUCUGUUAUUGCGAGCGAAAACAUUCGUUUGAAUAUUCAGCUGCAUUAAAACUCGGUUGAGAUAACUGGAGGAAUCUUUCUGUUCCUACAAUCGAGUUUUCCAUCUGGUCCCUAGAUGACAGGAAAUUCAGUUACACUAACGGAGUUGUUUUUUUCCGUGUAUCCCAACGCGGCUUCUUCAGGGCGCUCUGUCGCGACAACGACUCGCGAAAAGCGCACACCAGUCCGUGGCAAUGUGAUCUUGCGUGUUGUCGAGUAGAAAAAACUUUAGAGGACUGCAGUGCGCUCGCGAGACAUGAGUCUGCACGGAAAAAAAGUCCAGUUCGUGCAACUGAAUGGGGAGCAGACGAAAAACUCGCUGGCGAAAAGUAAUAUCUCUGUUAUUGCGAACGAAAACACACGGAAAACAAAUUGGUUGAAUUAAUCAGAAUUCAGGACAUAUCAACCAGACUGUUUUACGAACUAUAUGAAUGAACUAUAUUUUUGGUUAAAGUAACUAGACAAAUUAUAUGUACACUUUUUACUAGAAAUUUACUAGAAACUUUUCUAAAUAAAAGCUAUUUCUUAACGUGUCAGUGUUUUUAAUAUGUAAUUAUUUUGUUUAAAAUUUCAUUGAAUCGAUGUUAUUAUUGUAUUUGAAAAACUUGCCUUUUAUCCUGAUGGGAGAACUCAGAAUCUCCAGAUUGUGAAUCGUUUGUCUACACACUGUACUACUUUAUUAAUUAAUAGAUUUUAUAUUGAGUUCUAACCAGCGUUGAAAAUAUCAGAAUAUUUAAUUAUAAUAAAAUCAAUUUUAUUGAAUUCAA